AAGCUAUUUUAAUAGGAAAGGCGUUGCGAAGUCGAGCUACAAACAGUAAAAAAGUGGCGUAGCAUUAAGUAUAGUGCGACGAAAGGCAGAAGUAGGCCAGGCCUACCUUGCAUGAUUUGUUUGACGCAGACAGGAAUAAGGCACGGUGAGAGUUGGUUGUCAAAAUUAACCGCGACACAGAUAGGCCUACCUGAGAUUUCACCAUUCCCAGACAGCACAGGUCGAUCUACAGGAGUAGGUAACCAUCAUGAACCAGCAACCAUCUGGUCAGCAGACCGUGAUCAUCGUACAGCAGCCAGGCGUACCAAGAUGCAGUCUGGACUACCAAACGAAGCAAACGUUGAUCCCAGGGAUUAUCCUGGUCGUCCUGGCCGCGAUCGAGCUUGGAUGCUACAUUUACGUUGGCGUCGUGACACUGGAAUUCCAUAGCAUUAUUGUCAAUGCCUUCGUGUUUUACCUUAUCACUGGCAUCUUCGCGAUCGUGGUGGCCGUGAAAAAUAUGUAUGGGGUCAGCAUCGCCGCACUGGUCUGGACCAUCCUUUCUCUAAUACUGACUGUUGUUUACGUCAUCCUCACAGCUUUGGAUAUCCUCGUUGCCAUAUACAUUAACUUUCGACCAACAAUAGAAUACGAUGCUGUCCAGUUCGUCUUCAUCUUGAUCGCUUUUGGCUGUAUCAUUGCGGUUAUGGUUUUCACCAGCCAAGCCUUGUGCUGCAGAAAGGCAACCCCGGUCGCUCCAAGUGGCGGCUUUGUUAUUGAUCCACCGCCGAAGUAUUGAAGAACUGGCCUCUUCGCCAUCGGGGUGGUUGGUUGGGGUGGUUAUUUCAACACCGACAGAUACGAGUAGGCCUAUCAACUUCAAGAUUAUAAUAUGAGAUUUAUGUAUAAGCUGAAGCAAAAACUGUCCGAAUGAAUUACCUGAUAUGGCAGAGCUUUUCUGAAGGAAAUCACCAUUAUUCCGUUUUCUCAAUCAAAAGUGCCAAAUUCUGUGUACCCGGCGUGCUCAUUAGAAAUGAGCCAAUCGGGAGGCCAUAUCAUAUGUAGGUUACUGUAUUUGCUUUUGGAAACACUGUUAUAUAAUGCAUAUAGAUGUGAUAGACAAUAUUAAAUUUUGUUCACUAUUAUGAUUAAAAUA